AUGUCCACUCCAGCCGAACAAGCCCAGGCCCUCACACCCGCCGCUGUGGGGGCAGCAUACGAACUCAUCAAACCCUACGUCCACCUCACCCCGCUCCUAACCUCCAAAACCCUCGACAAGAUCGCAUCCACCCCGCAAACCGCUGAAGCCCUGAUCGGUACGCCAUUUGAAGGCCAAAUCCCCGCAAACCCUCAAUUCCGCUUCCACUUCAAGUGCGAGAACCUCCAGCGCAUCGGCGCGUUCAAGGCACGCGGUGCUCACCAUGCGUUGCUACGGGUGAUUGAGGCACAAGGAGAAGAGGAGGUUAAGAAGCGGGGUGUGAUAACACAUAGCUCUGGCAACCAUGCCCAAGCCCUCGCCCUCGCCGCCUCAACCCUAAAUAUCCCAGCCUACAUCGUCAUGCCAGAAAUAAGCACACCAUCCAAGAUAGCGGGGACGCGCUCGCACGGCGCAGAAGUGGUAUUCAGUGGAUCUACAAGCGUCGAGCGCGAAGCUGUCGUAGCAGAGAUCCAAGCUAAGACGAACGCAAUCCUAAUCCCACCGUACGACGACUUCAAUAUUAUUUGUGGACAAGGUACUACAGCCCUCGAGAUGGAGGGACAAUUCGCCGAGAAGAGCUCUAAGAGUCUUGAUGCGGUGAUCACGCCUGUUGGUGGAGGUGGAUUGAAUGCUGGUGUUGCGACGUACUUCUCUGAUAAGUCAACACGGGUUUUUGGUGCAGAGCCUAGCUUUCAGGGUGCGGAUGAUUGUCGGAGAGGACUUCUGGCCCAGGCGAGAGUUGAGAAGGUUUCUACGUUGACUGUUGCGGAUGGGCUGAGAACGCCGGUUGGAUUGUUGAAUUGGGAAGUUAUUUCGGAUAAGAAGAAAGUGGAGGGGGUUUUUGCGGUUACGGAAGAACAGAUUAAGGCUGCGUUGCGACUUGUUCUGGAGCGGAUGAAGGUGGUUGUGGAACCGAGUGCUGUUGUUGGGUUGGCGGUUUGCUUGUUUGAUGAAGAGUUUCGAAAGCGUGUGGAAGAGGAGGGUGGAGAGGAGGGAUGGGAUGUUGGGAUUGUGUUUAGUGGAGGGAAUACCACUGUUGAAGCGAUUGCGAAGUUGUAUAGUUGA